GACAGCUACACAGCGAUUUAGUUUUGAAUUGUUUUCCCCUUUCCCUUAUUUUAUUAUGACAUACAAGCGUAAAAAGUACCACGUUGGUGAUACUCAUUUAAAAAAGCGCUGGAGAGUCAGAAAUCGGAAGAAGGAUCUCGAUCAGAUCGACGACGACAUCAAAGAAGAGAAUGCUGAAAAAUUAUUGAAUCAGGACGUGGAUUUGGAUCUCCCUGGUGCAGCGCAACAUUACUGCCUUCACUGCUCACGGUAUUUUAUCGAUGAUAAGGCGUUGGCUGAACAUUUCAAGACGAAAGUUCACAAACGAAGGUUGAAGGCUUUAGAACUCCAGCCUUAUACAAUUGAAGACUCUGAGCGAGCGGCCGGUCACGGUAACUUCGUACAGCCAGUAAAAAGGAAGAUUACUUCACAGAAUCAGAACACUGAUAAGGAGGUCGACGAAGAUGGUGACGCAGUGUUAGACGACGUUAGUCCGAAUAAAAAGAAAAAAGUUGACGAAAAUGCUACGUAA